CGUUUCCCUUGGGCGCCUGAUUUCUUGCGCUAGACCUUAGAACAUUGAAACUAUCAACGGAGCUUCAACCGUUCGCCUCAACAUCCAACUUAGGUAUUCAUCAUUCAUCCAUCCAUUUAUUCCCAACCCGACUCUGUCGUCCGCCUUCCGCCAGCUUGUGGAGGUUUCCAUUUUCCAUCCAAAUUAUCAUUCUUAAUCACCAUUCAAGCCAUAGAGUUUAUCUCCCAUUAUCUAAGGCAAUUUCCUAACCCGACCCGGGCAGUAGCUUGUCAAGAUGGGUCAAAAUCAAUCUGGAAUGGGCAAUGGCCAGGAUGGAAGAGAUGAUAAAGAUAAGAAGAAGGAGAAGCCAAAGUACGAGCCGCCACCUCGUCCCACUACCCGCAUCGGACGCAAGAAGAGAAAGGCUGCUGGUACUUCUGCCGCAGCUAAGCUCCCCGCAGUCUACCCGACCAGUCGAUGCAAGCUCCGCCUGCUUCGAAUGCAGCGCAUCCACGACCACCUACUUCUCGAGGAGGAAUUUGUCGAGAACCAGGAGCGUCUGAGAAAGGCCAAGGCCGCGAAGGAUAACACUGGCCCUGCCCCCGAUCUCGAUGCUCCCGACCGGAUGGCUGACGAACGUGGACGAGUCGAUGACACGCGCGGUAGCCCGAUGGGCGUUGGCACCCUUGAGGAAAUGAUUGACGAUGAUCACGCUAUCGUAUCUAGCACUACCGGUCCUGAAUACUAUGUUAGCAUCAUGAGCUUUGUCGACAAGGACCUACUCGAGCCUGGUGCUUCCGUGUUGCUACACCAUAAGAGUGUGUCCAUUGUCGGCGUACUCACGGACGACACAGACCCGGCUGUCAACGUCAUGAAGCUUGAUAAAGCGCCGACUGAGUCUUACGCCGAUAUUGGUGGGUUAGAGCAGCAGAUCCAGGAAGUAAGAGAAUCGGUCGAGUUACCGCUCCUGCAUCCCGAGUUGUACGAGGAAAUGGGUAUCAAGCCUCCCAAGGGCGUCAUCCUCUACGGUGCUCCGGGAACUGGAAAGACGUUGCUCGCGAAGGCUGUCGCCAAUCAGACUUCAGCCACUUUCUUGCGCAUUGUUGGAAGCGAGCUGAUUCAGAAGUACUUGGGCGACGGCCCGAGACUUGUCAGACAGCUUUUCCAGGUGGCCGCGGAGAACGCACCCUCAAUCGUCUUCAUCGACGAGAUCGAUGCGAUUGGUACAAAACGUUACGAUUCAACGUCCGGGGGAGAACGUGAGGUACAACGAACUAUGUUGGAGCUCCUCAACCAACUCGACGGGUUUGACGACCGUGGCGAUGUCAAGGUGAUCAUGGCAACCAACAAGAUCGAGACGCUCGACCCUGCAUUGAUCCGACCUGGACGAAUCGACCGGAAGAUCCUCUUCGAGAAUCCCGAUCAGAACACGAAGCGCAAGAUCUUCAACCUUCAUACUAGCAAGAUGAGCUUGAACGAGGAUGUCGAUCUGGAUGAAUUUAUUAGCCAGAAGGACGACCUCUCCGGAGCUGACAUCAAGGCGAUUUGCUCUGAGGCCGGUCUGAUGGCCCUACGUGAACGCCGUAUGCGAGUUCAGAUGGCCGAUUUUAGGGCAGCAAGAGAAAGAGUCCUUCGUACGAAGCAAGAAGGAGAGCCUGAGGGUCUGUACUUGUAGUGUAUCACGUGUAUUCUAGAGUCAUCGAGGGAUAGGAACGGGCUGCCGCGGAACAUUCAUUCUCGGGGUCGAAAUAGGUGAUAAUAGGGGGGUCAUUGGGACUUCAUUUACGCAUUAUAGUUCCCCAGCCACGAGAAAUGCACCUAACCUUUCCGCCAGACGAUAUCUUGACCUCUUUAUCUCCCCUGAUUAUCUGGGUACCUACCUAUUUGCCGUGUUUUCGAAGUUGUAAUCAUCCCAGGUCUUGCUCAGCGAUGGAAGAAGCCGAGAGGCUUAGAGGGACAAGUGAAGUACUGAGAAGAAUGACCAGAGCAGCUACCUAACGAUUAGGAAGAGCUACGAUAAGGUAUCUAAGCACUAACUAAAUACAUGCAGGUAAUGAAUCUAGCAUUGAAAUGGAUCGAAUCCAUUCCAUUUAUAGACUAAACCGGCAAAGCCAGUCUAUUAUGCGGCUGCGCCUACCUUAGGAAGCUGCCCGACACAAACACCUUUCCAGCCACUCUCAAUAUGCGUAUAUCUGACACUUGCCCC